AUGUUUGAUAACGAAUAUGACUUUCCAGAUUCUACAAACUCUGAUGACGUUGUUGAAUUUUUUAAAGAAUUCCAAAUUGCACAACGUGAAGUCUUCGAAUGGCUUCGAAACGAGUAUCAUCAACAAAGAAUGCCCACGAGAUUCCAACGUGAUGUUGAUGCAAUAAAUGGAGACACCUGGUACAAAAAUUAUCAAAUUAAAGAAUGCCAGACCAACAAUAAAUCAUCGCUCUGCAAAAUAAGUCAUGUGAAGAAUGAGAAAGUGGAAAGUAACACUUCAGAAAUCUCAGAACUGUUUGAUGACUUGGAAAAAACGAAUAAAACGACCUGGAAAAGUGGAACGAGUUAUGAUGAAAAUUUUCAAUCUUCAACUCAUCAUGACGAGAACGACGAUGUAGCUGCUGAAAGGAUUAAUGAUCGAAAUAUCAAACUCGAACAGCUGUUGUCUGUUAGUGACCAUAGAGAGAUUCCUGGCCCUAAUUAUAGCCCCAACCAAUUCAACAUUAAGGCGCGUUUGAAUGCAAAACAAUUUUUGGCAAAACAACAAAAUGCUAUUCAUGAAAUUGAGAUGAAACAUCAACACCUGGAUGCUGAUGAUGCUGUUGCAGAGAAGCCAAAAAGUUUGUUUCUGGGACUAAAUGGAAAUCAAUUGCGCGAAGCAUCAUCAAACUCCCAUUUUCCUUUAACAUUCAAGCUCGAUACAUCAUCGAACGAUAUGAAACGUUCAUCAGAUCAGAAUCAGAAACUUCAACAAUUCGAGCACCACUUUGAUGAUGAAAUCAACCAGAAGAGAAAUGAUUUAUUCGAUGAAAUCCACGAGAACUUAGAUGGGAAGCACUCCCAGAAGAAACAAUCGUUAAAAUCGCUUCAUCGAGUCAAGCGACGUGACGUUCAAAUGGAUGUGGAUGUAAUUAAUCGAUUAUUGUCAGAGAGAAAGUUAAGCAUGAAGGAAUUUUUGAAAAAUUAUGAAGGAAAGGACGAUGACACAAUCAAUGAUAUUUUUGCUAAGCUUUCGAAUGUUGAUAACAUGAACAAUGUUAAUGAAAUAAGAGACAACGAGAAUGCAAACGCCACGUCAACAGCAACAACAACAACCGCAAAGCAGGAAAUGAACAAUGGUAACGAAAUCCAUAAGCUCGUCAAUUUAAAUGCAGAUUUGAAACGUCAUAUAAAGCCACAUUUAGUCGAACCUAAAUACACAAAAUUGAAAGAUUCAUCAAAAAUAAGCAACACAAAGAUUGACAACAUGAUGUCUGACUUGGUUGAAUUUAUAAAUGAUCUUGUUAAUGAUCAAAUAGAAAUGCGAACAUGCAUCACACUUACCCCAGAGCUUGAGAAUUUCUAUUCUGAGUUAAUAGGACGACGAAACUUUAAUGAAGAAUCGUCAGAUUAUCUCGAUGAUGAAAAUGAAAGAUAUUCGAGAUUUCUGACACCAAAGAAACGAUUGACAAGAAAAGUUUGUUUGUUUAAUCUCAUGUAA